UGCGCUAGCCGCCCUGCGUUAGCUGGCCCUUGUUCUCCUCUCUCGUUACCCCUCCCCGAGGGCGGUGGAAACCGCUACUCGGGUGGCCGGCUCUCUUCCCGCUUUAAGGAGACAUCGAGGUUUGAACCCAGGUCCCUGGCCAGAGAUAAUCUCGCCAGUGUGUGAAGGACCUAGUCAAAGACAUGCAGGAUCCAAAUGAAGAUACAGAAUGGAAUGAAAUCCUAAGGGAUUUUGGUAUUCUUCCACCAAAAGAAGAGCCGAAAGAUGAAAUUGAAGAAAUGGUUACACGUUUACAGGAAGAAGCAAUGGUUAAACCAUAUGAAAAGAUGACUCUUAAACAAUUGAAGGAAGCUGAAGAUGAAUUUGAUGAUGAAGAUAUGAGAGCUAUUGAAAUAUAUAGAGAAAAACGGUUACAGGAAUGGAAAGCUCUUAAGAAAAAACAAAAGUUUGGGGAAUUAAGAGAAAUAUCUGGAAAUCAAUAUGUGAAUGAAGUCACAAAUGCAGAAACAGAUGUGUGGGUUAUAAUUCAUCUAUACAGAUCAAGCAUCCCAAUGUGUUUGUUGGUUAACCAACAUCUUAGUCUCCUAGCAAGAAAGUUUCCAGAAACUAAAUUUGUUAAAGCCAUCGUGAAUAGCUGUAUUCAACAUUACCAUGACAAUUGUUUACCAACAAUUUUUGUUUAUAAAAAUGGUCAGAUAGAAGGCAAAUUCAUUGGAAUUACAGAAUGUGGAGGGAUAAACCUUAAACUGGAAGAACUUGAAUGGAAGCUAGCAGAAGUUGGAGCAAUACAGACUGAUUUAGAAGAAAACCCUAAAAAAGGCAUUGCGGAUGUAAUGAUAUCUUCGAUUAGAAACACUUCCAUUUAUGAUGAUACUAAUAGUUCAAACAGUGAUAAUGAUGAUACCAAAUAGAAAUACAUAAUAAAUAGUUUU